CUCUUCUUUACUUCUUUUUUUUUCUUACAACUCUCGGUUACCGGAGUUUCACCGGCGGAGAUGGACGAAUCGUGGCGUAUGAAGAUGGGUUUAAGCGUUGAUCCGUUCUUCUCCAUCGCUCGUAAAUCUAUGGACGCUCGGAUCGACGCCGAAGAUUUCGCUGAUGUUUUCGGUGGUCCGCCGCGAAGCCUCCUCACCCGAAAAUUCUCCGGCGACUUCUCUCGUUCUGAUUGUUUCUACGACGAGAUUUUCCGACCGCCGGGGAGUUUCUCCGGUGGCGGAUCCCUUUCUUCUUCUAAAUCUCACGGCAGAAACUUACCGGCGUUCAGGAUUCCCUCAGGCGGAGAAGGGUUCUACGACGGUGUGUUCGGCAGCCGCGGCGGAUCGGCCAAGGAGGGAUUAAAGAAACAGAGCUCAAUGGCCAAAUCGAGAUCUAAUUCUUCAUCGGUGCUCUCUUCCGAAGAGCUCAGUCCUCACUAUCCUCCACCGGCGGCAACUUCCGGUGACGACGCCGGAUUCUCUUCUUUCACUUCUAGACUCAGACCGUUAAACGUCCCUUCAAGAAGUCAUAAACGAGAAUCAAAGAAACAGAGCUUUCCGGCGUUUCCAACAUCCAAAGAUUCAUUCUCCGGCCAAAACAACACACCGGAAAAAGCAGAUUUUUACUACAGAAAACCGCAUUUCAGCGGAUCCAGGAGAGCCUCGCCGGAGACAAUUAGCUUAGAUCCUAAUUCCUUCACAAGAAUGGAUGAUUACGGACCAAGCUCCCCUGCAUCUUCCCCUGUUUCUUCCUUCAUCUGCGAAGAAGAAGAAGUAGUCAACACUGAUGCAAAACAGAGAACGAACAGAGACUGUAAAGUCGAAGAGGUAGUAGUAGAAGAUGAAGAAGAAGAAGAAGAAGAAGAAGACGAAGAAGAGGAAGAGAUGAGCUCUUACGUGAUUGAGAUAAACUCAGAUCGAUUCGAUCGUUACAGAGAAGGAGGAGGAGGGAACUCGGAUUCAAACGACAUGGAUGAAGCAAUAGCUUGGGCGAAAGAGAGAUCACAAAGACCAGAAACAAAGCAAACAGAAGAAGACGUGAUCGAUUCAAGAAGAAGUGAAGAAGAACCCAAAUCAGAAGAAGAGAUGGAGAUGGAGAUGAAAGAUGAAGAGAUAAGAAUCUGGUUAACCGGAAAAGAGACAAACAUUAGACUUCUCCUCUCAACGUUACAUCAUGUUCUUUGGUCAAAUAGCAAUUGGCACGCCAUUCCUUUAGCAAACCUUAGAGAUGGAUCACAAGUGAAGAAAGCUUAUCAAAAAGCUCGGCUAUGUUUACAUCCAGAUAAGCUACAACAAAGAGGAGGAGCUUCACCGAUUCAGAAAUCUGUCGCGAGUAGAGUUUUCGCCAUUCUUCAGGAAGCAUGGGCUGUGUACGUAACAAACGAAGGGCUCUCGAGCUAAACCCGAAUCCGCAAACAUUUAUUCUUUCGGUUUAUUUGAAACUGGUGGUCUUCACUCUUCAGAAUCUGUUUAUCAUGUAAGAAGAAUAAGAGCAAAGGAAAUAAAUAAAAAGGAAAGGCAAAGUUUGGUUUCUUUGUUGUAAAUGUCAUAUGAACAUUCCCAUGUGUUACUUUUCUAUCGUCCAUUGUCAAUGUUCUUCUAUACAAAAAAAAAAACAACAA